AGAAGGCGAAAAACCCUAUACCGCAUAUCGCUUGCAAAAUCUAACGGCGAACUAGAGCUUAGUGGUUCUGUCUGCUAAGCUUUCAAAACUUCGAAAGCAAAGAUGGCUACUCAGAUUAGCAAGAAGCGAAAGUUUGUUGCCGAUGGCGUGUUCUUCGCCGAGCUGAACGAGGUGUUGACACGUGAGUUGGCUGAGGAUGGAUACUCUGGAGUGGAGGUUAGGGUUACUCCAAUGAGGACUGAAAUCAUCAUCAGAGCCACUCGUACCCAGAAUGUUCUCGGUGAGAAGGGAAGGAGGAUCAGGGAGUUGACAUCAGUUGUCCAGAAGAGAUUCAACUUUAAAGAGGGCACUGUUGAGCUGUAUGCUGAGAAGGUUAACAACAGAGGACUGUGUGCUGUUGCUCAGGCUGAGUCACUUCGAUACAAGCUCCUUGGUGGUCUUGCUGUUAGAAGGGCAUGCUAUGGUGUCCUGAGAUUUAUCAUGGAGAGUGGAGCCAAGGGAUGUGAGGUGAUUGUUAGUGGAAAAUUGAGAGCUCAGCGUGCCAAGUCCAUGAAGUUCAAAGAUGGUUACAUGAUUUCUUCUGGGCAGCCUGUCAAAGAGUAUAUUGACUCUGCUGUUAGACACAUUCUCAUGAGACAGGGAGUACUUGGCAUCAAGGUCAAGAUUAUGCUUGAUUGGGAUCCCAAAGGAAAGCAAGGUCCAACAACACCCCUUCCAGAUCUUGUCACAAUCCAUCCUCCCAAGGAGGAAGAAGAAUACAACAUCCCUCCACCACCACCAGUGCUGCCAGUUGACACUGAGGCUCCUGUUCCAAUUAGCUAGACAGCUAGCUUCAGUUUCAUCAUCUUAUAACAAUUUUCCAAAUACUGUAUUUCGUUUAAGUUGAGUGUUAGUUUUGUUUUAUCAACGUUGGGUACUCUAUAUAGAGACAUGUUUGGAGAAUUGCUUUUUGUUACAUCGACAAUCGUACUGCUUGAAUGAAACUUUUGCUCUAUCAAUUUUGCCCUUUUUC